AUUGGCACAGUGGGUGGGAGCCUCACAAUUGUGUGUCGUUAUGACCGAGGAAAAUUUGUGCUCUUCAAGAAAUACUGGUGUCACGGAGAAUCCGGAAACUGGUGUGACACUUUAAUCGACACAGAAGGUUAUGUAAAAACAAAUUACAAUGGAAGAAUUUCAAUCUGGGAUAACAGAAGGGGCGUCUUAUUAAUCGAAAUGAAACAGCUUAGCUUGGAAGAUGCAGGAACUUAUUGGUGUGGAAUAGAAAAACCUCUCGCUGAUACUAUGUGCACCGUAAGAGUGAAGAUUGUUGAAGAGCCUGUGUCUGACCCCGUUGUCACAUUUCUCACUUCGCCUAGUGUCUCUUGUUCGGCUCUAACAAUCAGCUGUCACUCUGCCAGGGGUACUAGCGUUCACUACGCUUGGUACAAAAGCAGUGACCCCGAGGAUGUUCCCGUUCAGCUUUCUCAUGCCCUCAGUUUAGAUUGUGAAACACUGCUUGAGUCUCAGCAACUGUACUGCACUGCUUCCAACACUGUGAGCAGGAGGUCAAGUGUGUUUGUGGGGGUUGACGUGAUCUUGCCAGCUCAAGAGAAGUGUGUUUUCAGAGUGAAAAUCCCAAAUCAGGAAUCAUACACCUGUUGGAAUGGGAUCACUACCAGCACGGUUCUGGGAACAUAUGAAGUUACAGAGGAAUAUACCAGUAGAAGCUCAUUAUUAAGCACUGGAGUCAUAACCCACCCCCCUCCUGAUGCCACUGCUUGGUUAGAGGCAUCAACGGAGGGGAACAGCAACCAACCUAUAACCCACACCAAGGAGCACAGAUGGUACAUCAUAUGGGAAGUCGUUCGCUGGCUGCUUUUUGCAACACUCCUGGUGGUUUUCAUUGUGAUGCGACAGUGUUAA